AUGAAAUUGGAUACUUCGCACAUGAGAUAUUUGGCACCGGACGACUUCCGUACUCUGCAAGCUGUAGAGCAAGGUUCAAGGAAUCAUGAAGUUGUCCCAAUACAACUUAUUUUCCAAUUAUCUGGUUUAAAAUCACAAUCCGGUACCAAUAGAUCCCUUGGUGACUUGGCAAAGCUGAAACUGGUGUCAAGAUUGAGAAAUGCAAAAUAUGAUGGUUUUAGAUUGACUUAUAACGGUAUCGAUUAUCUUGCUUUGAAGUCUCUCCUAAACAAAGAUACAGUUUAUUCAAUAGGUGGUACUAUUGGUGUCGGUAAGGAAUCCGAUAUUUAUGAAGGAAGUGACAAAAAUGGUAAUAAGAGAGUUUUGAAGAUACAUAGACUAGGUAGAACCUCUUUUCAUACCGUUAAAAACAAUAGAGACUAUUUGAGAAGAAGUAAUCAGGGUACAAACUGGAUGAACUUGUCAAAGUUAGCAGCUAACAAGGAAUACCAGUUCAUGUCUUUAUUAUACACAAAAGGUUUCAAAGUUCCUGAACCAUUCGAUAACUCCCGUCAUGUUAUCGUCAUGGAAUUGAUUAGAGGUUAUCCAAUGAGAAGACUAAGGAAGCAUAAAGAUAUCCCUAAAUUAUACAGCGAUUUAAUGAAAUUCAUAUUGCAGCUAGCGAAUAGUGGUUUGAUCCAUUGUGAUUUUAACGAGUUUAACAUUAUGAUAAAGGAUGAAGUAGAGGAUGAAAACGACUGUGGAUUUGUGGUGAUUGAUUUCCCACAAUGUAUUUCCAUUCAACAUAAAGAUGCUGAUUUUUAUUUCAAAAGAGAUGUCGAUGGAAUUCGUAGAUUUUUCAAAAAAAAAUUGAAGUACGAACCUGAGUGUGAUUCUACCAUGUUUGACACUGACGGUUUUGGCACUGGUUAUAAAUAUCCAUAUCCAGUUUUCUCUAGGGAUGUAAAAAGAUCAGAUAAUUUAGACGAGUUAGUUCAAGCAUCAGGCUUUAGUAAAAAACAUCCUGGUGAUAGAGAUCUAGAAGAAGCUGUAGGCUCUAUGAGGAAGCACGAUUACAAUUUAGAAGAAGAAGAUGAGCAAUCCGAAAACGAAGAAGUUGAGGAUGAGGAAAGUGAAGAUGAAGAAGAAGAAUAUUACUACACAGAGUCCGAUGAAGGUUCUGGUGAUGAAGAUUAUGACAGCUCGGCAGAUAGUUUAGAAUCUGAAAACGAAAGGAUUAUCGAAGCUUUAUCAACCGGUGUUGGUAAUUUGAAAAUGGAUAAAUUAGGAAAUUAUAUUUUAGAAGAUUAA